CAUGAUGAGUAUUUCCAUGCCUGACUGAAAUGGAUACAAGUCCGGAGGAAUCGCAAAUUGUGAGUCAUGUCGGGUCAAAAUAAACGGUGGAUCCUGAGUCGGAUUCAAACAAACGUGCUGAUCGGUACCAUCCUCAGCGGGUUACCCAAUCUCGGGAAAUGAAUAUAAAUCACAGUACCAAGGGUCAGUUUAUGGCGGGAAUUUAUCAUUAAUCAGCAAAAAGAACAGAAGAGAUGAUCGAAGAAGACGACACCCUAGUGAUAGACGAUGAUUUUCUCUCACAAAUCGAUGAGUUAGAAGCUAAAGCUUUAUCAUCAAAGAGGAAGAAUAUCACCAAUUAUGAUGAACAAGGAGAAAGAUCCAUGUCAAAUGAUUUUCUCUCACAAAUCGAUGAAGCAGAAGCUAAAGCUUUAUCAUCAAAGAGGAAGAAUAUCACCAAUUAUGAUGAACAAGGAGAAAGAUCCAUGUCAAAGAAGGUUGUAGUUAGAGAAGAAGGUGCGUAUUUUGCUGCCCUAAAAGGAAAUCUCGAUUAUCUCAACACCAAAAAUACCAAAGGAACAGCGAAUUUUUCGUCUACUACUGGUUUAGAUGGUGGUAAUGCUUGCUUCAAAUGUGGACAAUUAGGGCAUUGGUCUCGUGAUUGUAGUACUGCUACCGGAACACGAGUAGGCGGAGAAAAUAACUCUUCAAAUGAUAAUCUGGUUGAGAAAUCUUGUCCCUGUGGUUCUGGAACUUGCUUAAUUCUUACUGCUAAUACUGUGAAAAAUCCAGGUCGCAAGUUUUACAAGUGCCCUGUUAGACAGGAAAAUGGAGGCUGUGGAUUUUUUGAGUGGUGUGACAAUUCGUCAGCAACUCCUACGUCUAGCUACUCUAGUAGGGUCCAUGAGUCUGCGUCAAAUACUUCAGUUGCUGACCUUCCAUGCCCAUGCGGUGCUGGUUCCUGCUUAGUUCUGACAGCAAAGACUGGAAAUAAUGUUGGCCAGCAGUUCUAUCGUUGUCCUAAUCAGGUAAGUCAGUGCGGUUUUUUCAAAUGGUGUAACCAGCAGAAUAUAGCAAUAGGUCAGCGCACAAGUUACUUAGACAAUGCAAACAGCAAAAGCUACAGUGGAGCAAGUGGUCAGAGUUCAUUCAGUGCAGGAAGGAGUAAUGCUUCAUCAGCAGCAUCUUACAGUUGUAACCAAACUGCAAGCAACAAAAGCUAUAGCGCUGCAAGUGGUCAGAGUCCAGUUCGCUCUUCAUUCAAUGUAGGGAGGAAUUCUGCUUCAUCAGCAACAUCUUAUACUUAUAACCAAACAAGUAACUUAGACACUGCAAACAGCAAAAACUUCAGUGGAUCAAGUGAUAUUUGUUUUAAAUGUGGACUGGAUGGUCACUGGGCCAAGGAUUGCCCUGCCAAGCCUUCUGUUAUCGUGGGAGGGAAUUCAUUAGGAUCGUGCUACAAAUGUGGUGGGUCUGGUCAUUGGGCUAAAGAUUGCACUGGUCAAGAUGUUAAAAACGGUAAUGGUAGUAGAAGCGGUCCAGCUUCAUAUAUUUCUUAUCGUUAAGAAAUUUUAUUUGACAGGCUGCUCUAACCAAGUUGUAUAUGCAGUAGAUGGGAUUUUAAAAUGAAUGACUGACUGACUGUUGCUCAUCUCAUUCAGUAGUGUCGUAUGAGACUUUACUCUCUUUAUGUUUUUUAAAUCAUAUUUUGAUUAGCGGUAGCCCACGAAAGCUGAAGAUGGUGUAGGGCAUGUUUUGUAUCAAACCUUUGAAGUUGAUAGCUUUGGAGUUUAUUCA